AUGCUGUGUAUCUUGACGUCCAAGCUGAAAGAGGCGGAGGAUGACAACUUCGAUCUGCGCGCAAGUAUGAUGCUGUUCGAAACGGAGUCCAAAUACGAGAGCGACAAGAAGGAGCGCGAGAUGCAGAAGCGCAUGGCGGCCCUACAAUCCAAGCUCGCUUUCAUGUCCAAAAGAUUGCAGAAUGCUGAGCGAGUCAAGUGGCGUGCCAUCAAGGAAGUGGAGGAGCUGCAGCAGAAGCACACCAUCGAGGCCAAGCGCCGCGACGCUGAGCGUAGACUUAUGGCCACUAGACGUCGCAAACACGAGAGCCUCCUCACCGCCAGUCAGUCCAUGAGGAUGUCCCAACAGCUGUCGCAGCAUUCGCAACAGGUGCUGAGGCCAUCACCGGUGCCUGUGGUGGAAACGGCCAACGCGAAACUGGUGUCGCAUCUAUUGACAGGCACCUCAAGGGACCUCUUAACUCUCCUGAAUGGAAUUGUUAAUCCACUGCAAGGAUGCCACAGCUCGACGCCGACGCAAUUUCUCCAAGGAUCGUCCGGCAACUCACUAAGUGACUCGAUGCAGCAAUCGGCUAGUGGAGUUCCGUUCUCACAGAGCGUAUUCUCGCAACUUGCGGGGAGAGUGUCCGCUCAGGCACAUGCGUCGAUUUUGACUGUUGCUAGACAGAACAAUGCGACGCAGAAUGCACUGGCCACGGAUCGCGCGCGAGAACUGUACGAUGUGAUUGGCAAAAUGCUGGCUGGGGAUGUUACUGCUGCUGCCCUUGCACCAGUAUUCGUCAAGUACCUCGCGGCUCCAACAGAUUUGGAGUGGACCGUGAUUUGCAGUGUGCUGCGCGUCAUGUACUCGGUGAUGCAUUACAGCGCGCAUUUCCAGCGCUUUUUACUGCGCAACUCAAACAGAACGGAGCACCCCCGCAUUGCUUUGCAAGGGCUGCGCUUUACCUCGUUGGACGAGUACUUGUCAGCUCGAUCGGAUUAUGAAUCGGUGGUUCAGAGCGACGUGCUACAGUUAUCUGAAGCAGAAGCUGCUUCAGAACAACGGAAACUUUGUUUGAAGCUCAUGAGUGCACUCUGUCGAGUAAUGAAAAACAAUCUCAAGGAGCCUGCCGUCGUGAAAGACGGUCUGUGCGUACUCAGCUUUUGGGUCGACCUCGGACUUACGCAUCGGCCGGCACUAACCCCAGACUUUAAACCCUUGCUGACAAGCAACGUCAUUCCAUCUAUUUUGUUGGCACCUAAAGGUCUUCCUACUGUCAAGGCGCAAGCACUUGGAUUGCUUUCCCAGCUGCUUCGCGCUCCUGAAGUUUUCGCUGAAGUGGAGGCUGAGUCCAAGAAGUCAUUGCUAUUCAAUCGAUGCGCCAAGAUGCUGGCGAAUGAAGAAGAACUUUCAUUUGAUGAGGCCAAGAAUCUGCGGACACUGCAGCACCAGAUCGUGAAGCUACUGCUCUCGAUCGUUACGUCGUUCCCAUCCGAAGGAAUUCGUUUCGUUCUGGAAAGUACUCACGGCCUUCCUGACGACGCAGACGGAUAUCGGUCAGUUAUUUAUUAUUUGUCCCAGCUUCUUCAUCACGAGACAUUUGGUGACCGGACAGCGAGUGGGACGCAGGAUUUGCUGAAGGACCCGUUUCGUACGCAUCUAAUUCAGGAUUCGCUUGCUCUUUUGGGGCUGCUUGCACGCUACGUGGAUGUACGGAACGAGCUGGGUGGUGAUGACCAGGUGCAAGCGUUUCUGGGAGCAUUAUAUUUCUUAAGCAACAUGACGACAGAGAAUGGUGCCAGCAGAAUGCGAAACGACUCAACUGGGGCAUCAGCGCGCACCUUAAUCGGAAUGAUGAACUUACCCGGUCAGUGA